UCAUUUAUACGGAGGGAGGAGAGAGAGAGAGAGGAGAGAGAAAGGGGAAGAGAACACUGAAAGCGAAAGGAAUUGCGGAGAGAGAAGAUCUUGUUGUUUUUAUAUAGAUUAGAUUAUAUGUGUGGCGGAUUUGUAGUGAAUCGACGGGAAUUAUGCUGUGAAGUUGGAAUCUGAUGAGAUUUAUCGGAGUUUCUCGUCGGUGUGAAGCUCAAUUUCCGGUGAUUUCGAGAAGAAUUUAACAGCGACGGCCAUGGAUAGGAAUAGAGAAGCCAGGAGAGCGAGUAUUGUUGGCUCUAAUGGCUUCAAUCGGAGACGACACAGAACGAGUUUGAGAGACUCGCCUGAUGAAGACGGCGGGAUGGAGUUUCAGGAAUCGAUGAGAUUGAGAGACAGAGUGAAGAAGGACAGAGAUCGAGAGAGGGAGAGAGAUAGAGAACGUGAGAGAGAGAGAGAACGGGAGAGGGAGAGAGAAAGGGAAAGAGAUUUACGAGAAAGAUCUAGCCGGAGCAAGCGCCGGAGAGCCGAGAGGCUCACCGCCGGAGAAGACGAAACUUCGGAGGAGAGCGUCAACGACGACGAGGCGGAGGAAGACGAGGAGAACACUUCCGCCGCCUCCGCCGUCCGCUCGCUCACGCCGGCGAUUGGCUCCGUUUCCAGCAAUAACCACCACCUCCUCCACAAUAACAACCACCACCACCACAGCCUCCCCUCCGCCGCUCAUAACGGCGGUAGUUUCAGUCAACAGCAGGCCAGCAACACCACCAACACGAGCCAUAUCGGCGGCGGCAACCACCAUCUCCAGCCGCGGAAAAGCUUCCCUCCUAGCUCCUCCGCGAAGCCUUUCCGAGCUCCGCCGGUCUGGAAAUCCGGCGACGAAAUCAUCAGCGUUUCCGUUCCGAGAAAAGCUCGUUCUGCGAGCGCGAAAAGGUCUCACGAUUGGAUUUCAAGCAGCAGCAAUAACAACAGCGGCGGAGUCGCCGGAGGCGACCAAAUUCUCCGGCAAGCUUCGAGCUCUCCCGGCGGCGGUCAAGCCCUAGUUUCGACAUCAACGCCGUCCCCCGCAGCUCCAUUGUCUCCAUCUUCUUCCAAUGCUUCCGCUCGGAAAAAGCUUAAGCCUAGCGGUGCCGCCGGGGGGCCAAAGCUCAAACCGCCAAAAGUGUCGUCGUCAUCGAAACCGAGUUCUUCGAAUCCAGAGGAGCUGGAGAUUGAAAUAGCGGAGGUCUUGUACGGAUUGAUGACUCAAUCGCAAGGACCUUCGAAGAAAGAUGAAUCGAGAGAUGUGAACAGAUCCACCAGCGAUGCGAAAUCGCGUAAUUCUUCUCCGAUCUCGAAUUCCACCUCCACAACGAACCCCAUCUCCGGCGCCAAUUCGAGCCCCCUUUCCGCCGUCGCGCCGAAGAGAAAACGGCCGCGGCAGAUACCGGAAAACUCAAGCUUCGGCCCGACGUCGGUGAAGCCAGACGCAGAUCAGACGCCGAAGAGUGAGAUUUCAUCUCCGUGUUUGGAAAAAAGCUCAGGAGCCGUCGGUGAGAAUGGAUUCGACGCUGGGGUCAAUUCGGUCCAUUCACAAGGGCUACGGCCGCCGGAGCAACCGGACGCCAUGGCUGCAGAACCAACGAAGCUGGAUUCAGAGGUGAAGACUGUCGGUCAGAAAGAAUCGAGAGAGGGCAGAGAUUUGGUCGCCAAGGAUGAAGCCAGUUCACCGAAGGCUAAAGAAUUUGUUGCCGUUAGAGCCGAUGAUGUCCGCAACAAGAGUUCUCCGGUGACGGCGCCGGCAACCUCAGUAGAUGCCAGAAUGACUAAAGCGAAUUAUUCUAUGCCUGAUGCGGAAAAUCACAAGGAAGAAAAGUUCGAAAUAGAUCUGAUGGCACCUCCGCCGCCAUCAAGAUCAUCGCCCGAGAGGGAAAUCUCGACCAAUUUCAGGAUCGCCGCCGGAGGCGAUCAGAAGCCAGUUUUUUCAGCUCCUGAUCCUGGUUCGAAGACGCCGGAAAAAGGAGACUGCAAUGGUAAAGGUGGGGAAGAUCACUCUGCAAAUAUUCCAGAAGAAAAGAAAGGUAAGCCAACGUCAGAAGAAGCUGAAUGGAAAGAGGCAGUCGAGAACAGAAAGCGACAUAUUGACCUGCAACUUGAUUUAGAGAAGCCAGGAAGCCAUGGAAAUGGUGCAGCAAAUAUGCUGGGAAUCAAAUUGCAGCCGCUGCCGGCGCUUUCGUUGCAAAAGCAACAGUCCGAGACGAAGGCGGCUAGAGAAGAUCCCCACGCUGAUAAAAUUGGUUACUCGACGACGUCGUUGCCUUUUCCGAUGUCUGUCGCCGGCUGGCCCGGAGGGCUUCCGGCAAUGGGGUAUAUGGCUCCCGUGCAAGGUGUCGUUUCAAUGGACGGGAGCACGAUGACAGCAGCGUCCGCGCCGCCGCCUCCAGUUCUGCCAGUGUUAUCCCAGCCGAGGCCGAAGCGAUGCGCGACACAUUGCUAUAUCGCGAGAAAUAUUCACUGCCUCCAGCAGUACAUGAAGAUGAACCCAUUUUGGCCGGCGCCUGCAGGGUCGAAACCGUGUAAUCUUAAUGUUGUCCCGGCUGCAGAUUUACCAGGAAACGUCGCCGUUAGAUCCGGCAACAAUGUGCAGGAUAAGGCGCCGCCGAAUCUUGCGGUAACAUCGAACGGGAAUGUGAAGGAGAAAGGCUCUCAACAGCCUUCUGCGAUUCCCGAUUCGGCUCAGAGAAAGCAACAGAUUCUUAUUCAACAAACUCUACCUCCCGUCGCCCCGACCAAUUUACUGGGACCUUUCAUCUUUCCGUUGAGCCAGCAACACGCGACGGUGGCUGCUCGUCCUGGAGUCCCGAAAUCUCCCGCCGUCAGCUCCGCCGCCAACAACGCCGGAUCCACCAGCGCCGCCGCCUCCGCCGCCUCGGCUACGAUGAGCUUCGGUUAUUCGAACAUCCCCAACGAAAUGCAGUACUUGGCGAUCUUACAGAACAAUGCGUACCCGUUUCCUAUCCCGGCUGCCGUCGGCGCCCCGCCGAAUUACAGAGGCGCGCCGGCCCAGGCAAUGCCGAUGUUCAACGGCUCCUUGUAUCCGUCGCAGAUGAUUCAUCCGUCGCAACUUCAGCCACCGUCCGGUCAGUCGCAACCGCAGAAUGCGAGCGCGCCGAGCGGCUCGUCGCCGUCGCAGAAGCAUUUGCACAGCCUGCAGCAGAGGCCUCAAAGCAGCGGCGUCGCUAGUGGUUCCGGACCGAACUUUUCCGGCCAGAAAACCGAGCAGUUGCAGUCACAGUCGCAUAAUCCGUAUUUGCACUCGUCUCGGUCGAGACAGUUCGAUGGCGGACAUUGUGGUGAAGACAGCCCGUCGACGACCGAUAGUAGGGCGGCAUCUCGAGCUUCGAUGAAUAUGUACGGCCCGAACUUCGCAAUGCCGCUCCACCCGCAAAGCUAUGCCUUGCUAACCCCGCCGGCAGCCAUGGCGAGUGCUGCCGCGAGCGGAACCGGUAAUCAGAACGAGAAAGGUCAUCAUCAACAGCAGCCGCAGGGUUCGAAGAACACGGGAGAGUCAAUGGCGAUGCCGCCGCCGCAAAGCUUUGCUAUGUCUUUCGGUCCAAUCAACGGGGCGAAUACUGGUCCGGGCAUCGAUCUAUCGUCGAUUGCUCAAAAUCACGUUCUGUUCAAGAAUGUGCCGGAGUCUGCCCGACAGAAUAUUCAGAUGAUGGCAGCCGCUCCCGUUGCGCAGCAAAAGAACUUCCGAAUAUCCGAAGAUGGGAACAAAGAUUCUUCAACAAAUGACGACGAAAGAAAAAGCUUGUCUACGAAAUCUCUCGCCGUCGGACAAUCCAUUGCCUUCUCAAGAUCGGACUUACCCGAAGGGACUUCGACAUCCAUUCAGGGCAACAAUGUGCUCGAGAGUUCCCGAUCUCUUACCAUGGCGGCGGCGUCGUCGUCGUCGGGUCCUCACACGACUCGACCCGUCAUGACGAACGCCGUUGGGGCAAUAAGUAUCCCGGAUGCUCUUAUGCAGACCCGAAUUCAGCAGCAACAGCAGCUGCAGCAGCAGAUGAUGCAGUUUAAACAUCAACAGUCGCAGCUUUCGGGAACGUCGGUCAGUCGAAGUAAAGUUCCGGCGGUGUCGAGCAGCGGGAGCAUGUAUCCCGACCACAUGAAUUCGUCGUCCGCCAUGGCUGCCAAGUUCCCGCUUUCGGGAUUCCCGCAAAACGUCGUCCAGAGUAACAGCGGCGGCAGCCCCCAGUGGAAAAGCUCCUCCCGAGCCCCGACGUCCCAGCCGCCAUCGACUCUCGGCUCAUCGACAGGAUCGACGAUCAAAAACCUACCGCAGCAGCAUUCCCGGGCUCAGCCGCAAAUGCACACGCAGAUAUCGUUUGGAGGAAAUCAGAAACCUUCGGGAAUGUCGCAAAGCUGCAACCAAGGUCCUUCGUCGCCGAUGAUGGCCGGCUCUCCGACGACGUCGUCGAUCUCGAAAGGCGCCAGCGGCGCCCCAAGAACGACCGCAUCGUCAUCGACUAACAAAGUCGGGCAAGCUUCUUCGUUGUCGUCGCCGAAGAAUUCCCCGUCGACUCCUACCCAGAAGUCGCCGUCGAUCCUCGGGAAUCAUCCUCAUUUAACGUCAGUCUCCUCCAGCAAUGCAGCGAAAGCGCCGCCGAUGACCCAGCAGCAGCGGCCGAACAUGAUGCACCAGACCCACCUGUUCUUCUCGAAUCCGUACCCGCAAUCGCACUCGCCGCAUUCCGCGAGCACGAGCUCUGCUGGCUCCGGCCACGGCGACUAUUACAUGAAGCAGCGGCGCCGCCCGGAUCAGCACCAGCAGUCGGCGACGGGUGCUCCAGUGACGUCGUCGACCGGGGUGCUAUCGUUAGGCCCUCCUGUGACGAUGUCGAAUACAAGCACCAACGAUCCCGCAAAGGCGAUCGCGGCAGCGACGGGUAAUGCUAAACCCGGCAUAAUUCAGGCCACCCAAUUUGGCCCGGCGCAAUCGACCGGCACGAUAUUGCCCACCGCGUUCUCGUACGUCCACACCGUCCCGGCUGCUGUUCAGGCGAAACCCGCCGAGCAGAAGCCACCGACGGGUCACGACAAUUCGCAUGGAUGGCAAUCGGAUAAGAAGUAAGAACAUCGGGUGCCGGUUAGGGGGGAGGCAAUGUAGCCGGAAGAUCGAUCGAUCGGGGGGCCGAUGUAAUGAGAAAUCGAUGUUUUUACGUGGUACGAAAUCGAAAACUCUUAUCUUGAAAAAAUUGAUGACAUGGUUCUUGAAUCAAGAUGUUUUUGUUGAUGAUGUUUCUUGAGAUAUAAAAUCAGCUACCAAAAAUGAUUGAUUCUUUUUGUAAGGGCAAAAGUGAUGGAAGUGUUCUUAGAACAAACAAAACAAAAAAAAAAAAAAAAGAAAAGGGAUGUAAGAAGAUAGACAGGUUGAGGACAUGAUUUUGAGAAGAUAAUCCCACCUGUUGUUUCUCACUCUACCCUUUAUAGGAGGUUCUUUCUAUUAUUUUGUAUCUUCUCUCUCUAGAAAAAUAUAUUAUCUUUCAAAAAAGAAAAAAAAGAAAAAUGACUUUUGGGCAUGAUGCAUUGUAUCUUGACUUAUGGAGGCUGUACAUUUAUAUAUAUACAUGCAUAUUAAUGAUGUAGUUAUCUGAAUUUUGGACA